GAGGGAAAGAGAGAGAAGGGAGAGAGAGAGAGAGCGUGAUUCCAGGUCUCUCUCUGCUGCUCUCUCCACUUUGGGUACUCGUACCCAGUCUGACUCAAUGGGGCUUUAGCACUAAGGGGUUAAACGUUAAAAUAAAAGAUAUUUAUUCACCCCAAACCCCCUUUAGUGUUUAGGUUUUGUGCAUUAAGAUAGACAUACAUAGGUCACUCAUUAAGGACAGUCUCCGGGAGAGAGGCAGAGACGUCUCCAGAGGCGUGCCUUUUUGUCUGUUGCCUCGCAGAAGGGUCAGUCGGGUCCCUCUCGUCGGCUGGCUUUCUGUGAGCGGAUAACUUCCACCAUAUCCUACAUUUACAGCUCAACCAGGCCGGCAAACUACUGCAACACUAUGGAUACCGGAGAUUGUCCCUUCCGUAAGAAACGGAGACCAUGGCGCAUGGACUUCUCAUCCUUUGCCUUGGUAAUCGUGGCGCUCGCCGUGUGCCAAACGACCGUGGUUCGGGCAGACCCAGUGGAUGUGUUGCGGGCUCUGCAGGUCCCCUCUCUCCCCGAGGGCGUGAAGAAAGUCCCCGGCUUCUGCACAUCCCGUCGCUCAGGCACCCCCGACCAUGCUUACCGCAUCACCAAGAAGGCCCAGAUCUCUGCCCCCACAAAGCAGCUCUUCUCAGGUCCAUUCCCAGAGAAUUUUUCCAUCAUGGCUCUGGUUAAGGCCCAAGCUGGCCUCCAGGCCUUCCUCCUCUCCAUCUACAGCGAGCAGGGCAUCCAGCAGCUGGGCAUUGAAAUGGGACGCUCACCUGUUUUCCUGUAUGAGGACCAGAACGGCAAGCCAGCCCCUGAGGACUACCCACUGUUCAGAGGCGUCAAUCUGGCUGAUGGCAAGUGGCAUCGCAUCGCUAUCUCCGUUUCAAAGAAAAAUGUGACACUGCUGCUGGACUGCAAGAAGAAGAUGACCCGGGCCCUGCCCCGCGGCAACAACGCAGAGGUCGACACCAAUGGCAUCACAAUCUUUGGAGCCCGUCUGCUUGAUGAGGAGGUUUUCCAGGGAGACAUCCAGCAACUGCUGAUUGCCUCCAACCCCCAGGCUGCCUAUGACUUCUGUGAACACUACAGCCCUGACUGUGACUCCCCACUGCCCAAGACCCAGGCUCAGGACCCCAACACAUACAAGAAGGAGCUCAAUGGAAAAGCAGCCCCCACUAAAUCCACCGCUGUCAAACCUAAACCCACUCCAGCUAAGCCGGCCAAGACCGGACUGUCCAAACUUGUAGUCAAGGCGCCCAUGCCCACCAAAGCUCCCAAGUCUGCCACAGCCAAGCCAUCCAAAGCUAAGCCCACUGCAGUAGAGAUCCUUUUGUCUAAGAUCAAACCAACAGCAGCAGCUAAAUCUAAGCAUACGGCUGCCCCAGCUAAGAACGGCAAUGGUAAACCAGCUGCUGAGAAGAAAGUAAAUGGUGCAGCUAAAGCCAACAGCAAUGGCAAUGGAAAGCCUGUUGUAACAAAAACGAACGGCAAUGGCAAAGCUACAGCUGAUGCCAAGCCUACAGCUCAGGCCAAGGUUAAUGGAAAUGGCAAUGGCAAGGUUGUAGCUGAGAAGAAAGUCAAUGGAAAUGGAAAAUCCUCAGCAGAAAAGAAAGCCAAUGGAAAUGGAAAAUUGACUGUUGUGUCUAAGACUAAUGGAAACAGCAAUGGCAAAGCUACAGCAGAGAAGAAAGCCAAUGGAAAUGGCAAAACUACCACCGAUGUUAAAGAGGUUAAAGUCAAAAUUAAUGGCAAAGCUGAGAAUAAAGUCAAUGGUGAGGCUAAGGCUAACGGCAAUGGCAAAAUUAUUACUGUGGUAGAAAAGAAAGUCGUUAGUAAUGGUGCUACAAAUCAGGCAAAAAUUGAAACCACUACAAAAGCAAAGACUGUGGUCAAUGCAGCUAAAUCAGCUGCCAAAGUAGAAGCUACAAAGGCACCUAAACCCACAAAAGCAUCAAAACCUGAACCUACAAAAGCAGCAAAGGCUGUGGUCACCAAAGCUCCAGCAGCAAAAACCCAAGUAAAGGCAGAAGUCAAAGAGGUCACCAAAGUUAAAACUGUGGUUACCAAAGUCCCUCUGGUCAAACCAACGGUGAGCAAAGUCGUGAAGAAUGUGGUUGAAAAGGUUUCCACCCCGAAGAAAGUACCUCCAACAUCUGCCCCUGUCCGACCAACUCCACCUAGACUCUCGAAAUCCAAGGUGGUGGUGGAAAAUGUUAAAUCCCAGCACAAACCAUUCCCACCCUUUGGCAAGACUGUGCUGAGUGGAACUACAGUCCCAGUGAAGAAAAAUACCAACGGUUACCAACAGGAUGUAGAUACUGAAUAUUCCGAGGCUGGCCACACCGCUACAGAGACUGAUUAUUACUAUGAGGAGACGGUGCCAGAGGGUGAGGUGAUUGGACAAGAAGAGGUCCCUGUACAGCCCCAGGUGGAGACAACGUUGGUGGGAGAGGAGGUAGAUGCCACCAAGGCAGGCGGUGUGGGCGAGGAGGCCUUUACUGAGGAGUAUGUGGACGUGGGCCUUAAGGAAUACGACUAUUCCUACAAGGACUACAAUGAGCCAAUGCUGGAGACUGGAGAGGUCGAAGCCAACAUGGGCCCCGCCCUGUCCGCUGUGACAGACGAGGGAGGCGCCGCCGUCAGAGGCCAGAAAGGAGACAAAGGAGAACCUGCUGUCUUGGAGCCUGGUAUGCUGAUUGAAGGACCUCCAGGACCUGAGGGACCUGCUGGUCCUACAGGCCCCCCCGGCUCCUCUGGACCUCCUGGCUCUGUCGGUGAUCCUGGCGAGAGGGGCCUUCCUGGUAAGGCUGGUCUGGCUGGAGCUGACGGAGUCCCUGGACCUCCUGGAACCUCAGUCAUGCUGCCUUUCCGUUUUGGUCAGAGUGGAGGAGAUAAGGGUCCUGUCGUUUCUGCACAGGAAGCCCAGGCCGCAGCCAUCUUGUCUCAGGCCAGGAUGGCCCUGAAAGGACCUCCUGGACCAAUGGGAUUCACUGGACGCCCUGGACCACUGGGAAAUCCAGGAAGUAAUGGUCUGAAGGGAGAGAGUGGAGACCCUGGCCCUCAGGGCCCCAGGGGAUCCCAGGGUAUAAUGGGACCUCCAGGCAAAGCAGGACGAAGAGGCCGUGCCGGAGCUGAUGGCGCCAGGGGAAUGCCAGGAGAGUCUGGAUCUAAGGGUGACCGUGGUUUUGAUGGCCUUCCUGGUUUGCCCGGUGACAAAGGACACAGGGGUGACUCAGGAGCAAUGGGACCCUCAGGUUCUCAAGGAGAGGACGGAGAGAGGGGAGACGACGGAGACAUUGGACCCAGGGGUCUCCCAGGUGAACCAGGACCUCGUGGUUUGCUCGGACCCAAAGGUCCUCCUGGAAUCUCUGGACCUCCUGGUGUACGAGGAAAUGACGGGCCCCACGGUCCCAAGGGAAACCUGGGUCCCCAAGGAGAGCCAGGACCUCCAGGUCAGCAGGGAACCCCAGGAACUCAGGGAAUGGCAGGACCUCAAGGAGCCCUCGGACCCCCAGGAGAGAAAGGUCCCACAGGAAAACCAGGCCUGCCAGGAAUGCCUGGAGCUGACGGCCCUCCUGGUCACCCAGGGAAGGAGGGGCCUUCUGGCACCAAAGGAAACCAGGGUCCCAACGGUCCCCAGGGAUCCAUCGGCUAUCCCGGCCCUCGUGGCAUUAAGGGAGGUCAAGGAAUCCGUGGACUGAAGGGCCACAAGGGAGAGAAGGGAGAAGAUGGUUUCCCUGGAAUUAAGGGAGAUUUUGGUGCCAAGGGAGAGAGGGGUGAGCUUGGAGUAUCAGGGCCCAGAGGAGAGGAUGGUCCAGAGGGGCCAAAGGGUCGCGUCGGACCCCCCGGUGAGCUCGGACCAAUUGGACUAGUUGGAGAGAAGGGCAAACUUGGUGUACCUGGACUUCCUGGAUAUCCUGGAAGACAAGGACCCAAGGGAUCUCUUGGAUUCCCAGGAUUCCCCGGCUCAAACGGCGAGAAGGGAACAAGGGGUCUUGGUGGCAAAUCAGGGCCUAGAGGACAAAGAGGACCAACGGGCCCCAGAGGGCAGAGAGGACCGAGGGGCGCGACUGGGAAAUCAGGAGCAAAGGGAACUUCUGGAAGCGAUGGCCCUCCUGGUCCUCCUGGAGAGAGGGGAUUGCCCGGACCUCAGGGAGCCAACGGUUUCCCCGGACCAAAGGGACCUCCCGGACCACCAGGAAAGGAUGGGCUGCCUGGACACCCUGGGCAGAGAGGAGAAGUUGGUUUCCAAGGUAAAAUGGGUCCACCUGGGCCUCCUGGAGUCGUUGGACCUCAGGGUCCAUCAGGAGAGACCGGCCCCAUGGGCGAGCGCGGCCACCCCGGACCCCCAGGUCCACCUGGAGAGCAGGGACUUUCUGGUCCCUCAGGGAAGGAGGGCACCAAGGGAGACCCUGGCCCCCCCGGAGGCCCCGGUAAAGACGGACCCCCAGGGCUGAGAGGCUUCCCUGGAGAGAGAGGACUGCCUGGAACCCCUGGAGGUGGAGGACUGAAGGGAAGUGAAGGACCUGCCGGACCUCCUGGACCUGCUGGGUCUCCUGGUGAGAGGGGCCAAGCUGGUACUGCUGGACCUGUUGGACCUCCUGGUAGACCUGGCCCUCAGGGGCCUCCUGGACCCUCUGGAGAGAAGGGAGUUCCUGGUGAGAAAGGGCCUAUCGGCCCGGCCGGUCGUGAUGGAGUGCAGGGUGCCGUCGGUCUGCCGGGCCCUGCCGGAUCACCUGGAGUACCCGGGGAGGACGGAGACAAGGGUGAGGUUGGAGAGCACGGUCAGAAGGGUGCCAAGGGAGGAAAAGGAGAGCAUGGUCCUCCUGGUCCACCCGGGCCAAUGGGUCCUGUCGGUCAGCCUGGGCCUGCUGGUGCUGAUGGAGAGCUUGGACCGAGGGGCCAGCAGGGGCCUUUUGGAGCUAAAGGUGACGAAGGAACCAGAGGAUUCCCAGGAGCCCCGGGACCAAUCGGACUGCAGGGAUUGCCAGGACCCCCAGGUGAGAAGGGAGAGACAGGAGAUGUUGGACCUCUGGGUCCCCCAGGCCCUCCAGGACCCCGGGGCCCCGCUGGACCCAGCGGUGCUGACGGUCCUCAAGGUCCUCCUGGUGGUUUGGGUAAUCCUGGACCUCUUGGAGAGAAGGGAGAGCCUGGCGAGGGCGGACCACCUGGAAUCGUAGGGGAGCCCGGAAAGAAGGGCCCUCGUGGAGAGCGCGGAGAGAAGGGAGAGGCCGGACAGCCUGGAACAGCUGGACCUGCUGGAGGACGGGGACGACCGGGAGAUGACGGACCCAAAGGAAACCCUGGUCCUGUUGGUUUCCCCGGUGAUCCUGGUCCCCCUGGUGAGCUUGGACCCAGAGGUCAAGAUGGCGCCAAGGGAGAGAGAGGAGAAGAUGGCGAAGCAGGCGAAUCUGGCUCCCCUGGACCUCCUGGGGAGAACGGACCUCCCGGCCCACUGGGAAAGAGGGGCCCUGCUGGAACCAGAGGACCAGAGGGACGUCAGGGAGAGAAGGGAACUAAGGGAGACUCAGGUGCUGUCGGCCCCCCAGGAAAAACCGGCCCCGUCGGCCCCCAGGGUCAACCAGGAAAACCCGGAACAGAAGGUCUCAGAGGACUCCCUGGAUCAGUGGGUGAGCAAGGAACUCCAGGACUUGCUGGACAGAAAGGACCACCUGGACCUCUUGGACCUCCUGGUUUGCCUGGUCUGCGUGGAGACCCCGGUGCCAAGGGAGAGAAGGGGCACCCAGGUCUUAUCGGUCUCAUUGGACCCCCUGGAGAGCAGGGAGAAAAGGGAGACAGAGGUCUGCCUGGGCCUCAGGGAACCUCUGGAUCAAAAGGAGAGUCUGGAAUGGCUGGAGGCACCGGACCCAUCGGCCCUGCUGGUCCUCCUGGUCUGCCUGGUCCUCAAGGUGUCAAAGGAGCCAAGGGCUCUUCUGGAGGAUCUGGUCCAAAGGGAGAAAAGGGUGUGCAAGGACCUCCUGGACCUCCUGGCCCACCAGGCGAGGUCAUUCAGCCCCUGCCCAUCCAGAGGAGUCCCAAGUCCAAACGUUCCAUCGACGCCAGCCAGAUGCUCUCCGAGACCGACUCCGACAUGCCUGCAUCUGACACCGCUGGCACUGAGUUCCUGAUGGGCACUGAAGGCAUGGAGGAGAUCUUUGGCUCUCUCAACUCACUGCGACAGGAGAUCGAGACCAUGCGUUUCCCUCUGGGUACCCAGGACAGCCCUGCCCGCACCUGCCAAGACCUGCACCUCAGCCAGCCAGAGCUCAAAGACGGAGAAUACUGGAUCGACCCCAACCAGGGCUGCUCCAGAGACUCCUUCAAGGUCUUCUGUAAUUUCACCAGCGGAGCAGAGACGUGCCUGUACCCCAGCCAGAGCAUCAACACGGUGAAGAUGAGCUCCUGGGACAGUGAGACUCCAGGAUCCUGGUACAGUGAGUUUGCCACUGGUAGUAAGUUCUCCUACGUGGACUCUGCCGGUGAGCCUGUGGGCGUGGUCCAGCUGGGCUUCCUGCGUCUCCUGAGCGUCCAGGCCCGCCAGAACCUCACCUACCACUGCCACCGCUCAGUGGCCUGGGCCGACCAAAGCGCCAACAACAACUACAACAGGGCGCUGCACCUCCAGGGCGCCAACGACGAGAAGCUGAGCUACGAGACCAACCCUUACAUCAAAGCUUUGGUCGAUGGCUGCUCUUAUCGUAAGGGCUUUGACAGGACAGUCCUGGAGAUCAACACACCUCAGGUGGAGCAUCUUCCUCUGCUGGAUAUCAAGGUGUCAGACUUUGGGGAGAGCAACCAGCAGUUUGGCUUUGAAGUGGGACCUGUCUGUUUCCAAGGCUAAAAAUACCACACACACACAGACACACACACACAAACACACACACACGCAUACGCAUCAUGCAAAGAACAACACGUGCCAAUACUCACGCACACACACAUGCACUUAGAGACACACUUUUAUAUAAUAAACAUACAUGCCCAGUAAUUUGUAAAUUAACUUGUAAAUGAUAUGAAACACACAUACACACAAACCCACAGACACACACACUAACACACGCAGAUGCUGUUGUGAGACAACCACACACUCACACUCAAGUACGUGCCUGGGGAAAGCAACAUCCUCCCAACAAUUAAUGGACGUCAAAAAAAAAAGUGAAGAGAAAUUAAAAAACUCGC